UCACUUAAUUAAGAUGCCAAUUUUUGAAUUAUAUUCAACUUUGAAUUAAUUUUGCAAAAAAAUGGUGACUUUUACAUAAGUAGCAAUUUUUUAAAAAAGAAUCAGGGCAAAAUUGAAACCAGUCUAAAACAACUUAUCGUAUCCUUUUUAAUAGGAAGGGGUUACUUUGAUAUCUCUAGGCUUCGGCAAAUAGGAAGGGGUUGCUUCACCGAACCCUACCAUCUCCGGGGAGAAGAAAAACAUCCAUGGCAAAGAGGCUGUUCAGCGGCGAAGGUCACGAAUUUCAGGUUUAUAAUCAGAUUCUUUGAAAUCGGGUCUUCCCGAAUGAAAAAUAAAAAAUUGAAUCUCAGUUGCCGUUGCUUGUUGUUAUAAUUGUUUUUGCAUUUAUUUAAUCGAAACACAACGACGCUUUAUAAUUAGAACAACCCUACAGCAGAACCAGUGGUUUAAAAGAUGAUUUAUUGCUUGAUUCCCUAAACGAGAACUACGGAGUACAUUUUUUGGUCAGGGUGACAGAAGGACAAGCUGUAGAGCUGUUAAUCCUGGAGAUGGUGAAGGCAUGAGUGCUGCUGAUCUAGUGUGCCUCAAGUUGUUGAGAGAGGGUGGUAAUGAAGACGUAUUGUUGGAAAUACUAGCUAGGCUACCAAAUAGUCGAAAUGCAGUUCAAGCGGGCCUGGUUUGUCACCUUUGGCACUCAGUCAUCUCUCAGCAGCAGUUUGUUCCCAGGUUUAUAGGACUCUGGGAGCAAAAGAAGAAAGAGCAGCCUUAUUCCAUCAUAUUCUGCAGAGUAGAUGUUUUUGAGCAUGUUCCAGAUGCGUAUUAUCAGCCCAUCUGCAAACUAUUUUCGGAUGAAUCCUUGGUUCUUCAUGGGGGAGGAAAGGAAGAGAUGAAGACAUCAUGGAGAAGUUAUCCUCCUUCAGGCAGUGGCGGCAUCCAGCCGCCUUCACCCAACAUGGUCAUAAGAGCAUCUUGUGGUGACUUGCUGCUGUUGUCGCAAAGAUCUGAGCCAAACUCCUACUAUCUCUGUAACCCAGUUACCAAACAGUGGUUCCAUCUCCCCCAUGUUGAUUAUGGAAUAUUCGUGAUUGGGUUUGCCGUUGUACGCAUGCCGCCGCAGCCCUCCGCCCGUAAUAGCUGUGGCAGUUAUGAAUACAAGGUGGUCUUCAUUCAUUAUCCCCAUGAUUAUGGAGAAGAUAAUCUUGCUGACAGUUGGAAGUGUGGAACGUCAAUUUAUUGUUCAAAAUCAAAAAAAUGGAGUGUUAAUUCAUGGUUUCGAUAUCGUAUACCUACUACCAGUAAGAACCCUAGGUUAUUCAUUAACCCAAUCACUUGUCAUGGAACUAUUUAUUGGUUAAAUUGUGAUGAUGUUCCUGACUGUGUCAUUGCCUGUGAUUUGGUGAACAAGCCCCACUCUACUGCCUUUAUUGACCUUCCUGAAGGCUCUCUUUCUGGUGGUGGAGGUGUUGUUUCACUAGAGUUGGGUGCUGUCCUGGGGGAACUGAGAUUAUUCAAUGUAUUCCGCCCAUCGUCGGGUGACCAGCAGCAGCCUCAGCAUCAUGUUGUUAAAAUUUGGGAGUUGAAUCACAGAACCAACUCUUGGACUCUCGUUCAUGACACAUGCUUCAAUGAUAAGCCGCCACCUUAUGGCUUCCAAGUAGCAAAAGUAAACAUGUUCCACAUCCGUACGGUUGCUUUCCAUCCGCAUGAUGGGAAUGUGCUCUUCUUGGUAGUUGACCGUUGUGUUUUCCAGUAUCACAUUUCACAGGGUGAGUAUAAUAAAGUCGAUCAACUCUGUGCUGAUUUACGGAAUGAGAAAGGCGAGUUUUUUCAUUCCAUGCCUGCAAAUGAGUGUAUUACAUCCUUCACUCUCCUCCACUCUAUCUGGCCCACCACCAUGUUGCUCUCUCCUUCCAAAAAGUGAAAGAGUGAUGAACAUUAUGGGUUUGAGAUUGUAAUCUUGACCAUAAGGGAUGUCAACAUUUGUCCUGGAAUUUUCAGUUUUGUACACUUUAUCCUUAUAUUUGAUUUUUUCCCUCCCGCCACUCCCUUUAUCAGAUUAUCUUGUGCGCACUCUUUUUUACUCUAAAAAAAUUUGGAAUAUAAAAACAGUGGAGUGCAGUUUUAUUGCUCGAAACAGGUCAUCCUUUGUAUGCAAUUUCAAUAAAAUAAAGUAUUCUAAUUUCU